AUGGCCACAGGUGUGAUCCAGCCUCUCUACGACUUCCACCACCUGCCUCUACCCUUGCGGGGGCCCUUCCUGCCCACUGGCCCAGAGCCCCUAGACACUUCAGAGGAGGAGGAGGAAGAGGAUGGUGAGGAGGGCCUGGAGGGCCAGGGGCUUGGGGUGCUGGGCUUGGCUCAGCAGAGGAGCCCUGAGCCACCACCGCAGCGGCUGCUCCGUUUUUCUGAGCUCAUUAGUGGCGACAUCCAGCGCUACUUCGGCCGCAGGGACACGGGUUUUGACAGCCACGCGGACAGCGGCACAGGCCCUGGGCUCCAGGAGCAGGCCCUGACCUCAGGCAACCAGGAAGCCACCACCGAGCUGGGGCUCCGCUUCCCAGGGGAUCCCGACGAGCAGCCCCUGGGCCCUCUGGCUGAGCUCUUCGACUUUGGGCUGCGAGGCUGUGCAGGGCCUGGGGCAGCCGGCCGCUGGCUGCGCCUGCAGCGCAAAUACGGCCACAUCACACCAAUGGCCCAACGCAGGCUGCCACCAUCUUUCUGGAAGGAGCCAGCACCCAGCGCGCUGGGCCUUCUGCACCCACACACGCCUGACUUCAGUGACCUGCUGGCCAGCUGGUCUGCUGAGGCUGGCCCUGAGCUACCAGCAGCAGGUGCCCAUGCCUUGGAGGCUUAACAUGUGGGUGGGCACCUAAGGGCCCUCCUGAUGUCCUUCCUAGCAGCCCAGCAGUGACUGCCCGGUGCUAGCAACCUGCUGUGCCGUGCAUUGAGGGCCUGA